UUCAAUAUGGCGGCGCCAUUCGCCUCUGGAACAGGGCGGGGAGAACAGUCGCCGAAUCGACACUACAAUAUCUACGCGUAUUUUUGUCGAAACCGUCGGCUUCGUGACUCGAACGCGGGUGAUAUUGCAAAAUAAUCCAGUGUUUCUGUGUUAAUUUAUGCUGUUUGUGUUAUCAUAAGUGUAUUAUGGUGUUUUUGUGGUGAAAAACGUGAAAGGACUUUAGGGUAACAAUGUCUAGCAGUUGACAUGUUUAUCUGUGUCGUGUGUGAAGAUUUUCCCUUCGCGUGAGGAGGUGCGGUGCGCGAGUGUGCGCGCUGGCGCCCCUGUGUGCGUGCCGCGGCCGUGGAUACGCAAGGAUCCAAUGAUGGAUUGCAUUUCCAUGGAUGUAUAGAAUGUGAUCGCGAGAAUCAUUUCAUCGAUGCCGGCAAAAUUCAUAUGACUAUAGCAGACAAUGCGGUCGCAAGCUUCAAAACCCUCACCUAAGAAAGGGGACUUGAGUAAAACAUCGUUUAAAAGCUCAACUGUAAAACAAGCUACUAAAAAAGCUGUGUCGCCUAAAAAGGUUAAGAAUUUGGUAAACAAAUCAUUGAUCAAAAAUCCUAAGAAAAGUUCUUCCAAAGAUGAUUUAUCUAAUAUCAAAAAUGAAGAAGAUGCGGGGAAAAAUGACAAAAAUCAAUCAUCACCUGACCCCAAGCCUGGAAGCAGCAAACCAUCUACGUCACGCGGUGAUUCACCUACAAAAAAGUCCAAGAAAGAUCCCAAGGAGAAGAAGGACACGCUUAAAAGUGCUGUAGAUACUACAAAGAAGGUUAUUGCGAAAAAGGCUGACAAAAAAACAAAACCUGUCAAGCCCAAUGUAAAAAAGUGCGCCAAGGGUGCGAAAAAAGACAUAAAGUACAAAAUAAAUAAAGAUGUUAUUAAAAAGGCAACUCCAAAAUUUUCAAAGGCUAAGACAAUAAUAAAAAAAGGUAAUGCGGCCAAUAAUGACAAGAAAAAAGGUGCAGCCCAGGCAAAACCAGAAACAAUUGAAAAGGAAAAAGAAAUCGAAGAGAACAAAAAUUGUUCUACCGAUUCUAUUGAGAACGGUACAAAUAAAACUACCGACGUAAGUGAAGACCGUGGUAAAAAUAAGAUUGCAAGUGAUGAAAAAUCUGAUGAUAAAACUGACCCAAAAACUACUCCUGAAUCUGCAGUUUGUAAAACACCACCUAAAUCUUCUUCAACCAAUCAACCAGAGACACCGAAAACUGAGACAGAGAGACCUCCAAAAUUUUUCACUUCAACCAGAUCACCGCGCAUGGUGGAUAUUGAUGUUAAGUGUUGUAAAAAUUCGAAAGGAAAUCUCAGCGUUUCGGAAAGAUUUGUAUCAAUGAAGUUAGAAACAAAAGAAGCGGAUAAUGCUAAAGAUAAAAGUUCAUCUAACACAUUAGUGUCUCAAGGACCAGAGAUUGAUGUUUAUACGUUUACGGAAAAGGUAGACUCUCCAAAAAGUAUAUUGUCAGAUUUUCGUAGUCCUAUUAAUAAAAAUAUUGGCAGAGUUCGGCCCAUUGCUAGAGUUAAGGGAACAGUUAUUGACAAGAAAACAGAAUCAGAAAAGAAAAAGUAUUCUCCUCACAGACCUAUCGAAGAAGUCGUAAAUAAGUUAAAAAAUAAACGAUCAGAAGAGUUAAAUGCUAACCAUACACAAAGUGUUUGCACUGCAUCAACUGUGCAAACUAAUGCGGUUAAUAGUGAAGCAGGAGUUGAAGAAAAACCAAAACCUAUUGUUAGUAAGUCUUAUAAAAUGGUAGCUCGAAAAUCAAGCAUAACGGGAAAACCAUUUAGCCCAAUAAAAUUUCUUGAUCAAGAAACACCGGCAAGUAAAACUGAGAAACCUGCAAAGCCGACUCCUACUGUAAAGAAAACUCCAGCAAAACCUAAAAAGCAAACAAAGAAAAGUAGCCUUUCGGAUGAAGAUAUUGAUAAUUCUAAGUUCGCUCUCAAUACUAAAACUUUCCACUAUACUUCAUCUGAAGAUAGCGUUAGUGAAUCGAACGAUGAUAAUGACACCAAAGAGUCUUCCGAAUCCGACAAUCCAAAAAAUAAAAAGGCUAAAAACAAAAAGUUCAAGAAAAAUAGAAUAACUGAUAGUGCAAAGAAGCCUCCCUCUAAAGAACUGAAAGAACUGUCUAAAGAUUCGCUAAUUGAUCUCAAAGAAAGUUCUGCUUUAUUGGGUAACGAAAAACCGAGUAAAAGGCGGCUGAAACUUUUGUCAAUGUGGACUGGGCCUAAAAAACAUCGUAUGGCUUCUCUUAAUGCAAUAGCCAAAGUUCAUUGCCUGUAUGAAAACGAAAGUAGAACACAUAUGGAAUUAGGUCUAAUGAAAACAAUUGACAGACAGGUUUUACCAAGCACGUCAAAAACUGUGAGUCCCAAAAAGAAAGACAACAAGCCUAAAGAAACUGAAAAACAGGAAAGCACCUCAGAAUCCGAAUAUGAAGCCAAAAGGGAAAAGAAAGAAGAUAGUUCAGAAAGUUCUGACGAUAACCCUCCUCAGAGAUCAUUGCGUGGAGUACCUGGUAUUAGAAGUGCGGGCAAGUAUUGGGAUCCGAAAUCUUCAACCUCUUCCAGCGAGGAUAGUGAACAGGAUACUAAGAAGAAAGUAACAACUUCAGAAAAAAAGAAAGCUUCGCCCAAAGCCACUUCCAGUAAGUCAGAUUCUGACAAACCUCCAGCAAAAAUGAAAAAGACUGCCGGUGUACCGGUCAAGAAAAAGCGCAACAGAAACGAAGUAGUGAUGGAUUUGAAGGACAUGGUCGUGCAAAAACGUAUGGCAAGUCUCAACGCCACAGCUAUCCUCGCGGCUAGUUACGAAAAACGUUCGCCAAAAUCUAAUAAAGAUGAUACUACAUCAGACUCAUGUAGCGACGAAUCUUACUCUCAGAAGUCAAAAAACGGGGUAAGUUCCGGCGUUAAGUCGGAAUCAAAAAACGAAUAUGAACCUAAAUCAGAAAGUGAUGAAUCGGCAGUGUCGGAUAGGAAACAAAAAGUUGAAGUAAUAGUUAAUCAAGAUACUGAUGUCACAAUAACUGGGGUAUAUUCUACGCACCAUCAUGAGGGGUUUUGCACGGUGUCGGGAAUGCAGUACCGCAUUUCGUCCACAAGUCACACCCAGACGACAGCUACAGCUAACUGCGAAAAGGAGGGGUGUUCCCGUGAAGAUGGGGCCCGCUACACUCCACUCUCGGCCUUGUCAUCGAUGCAACCGCCGGCAGAACACUCUCAUCCACACCCAGUGGGGGCUGAAGGCAGACUGAUAGCAUCCCCAACGCGUUCCGUAGCAGGUUGCGCGCCUACCCUCGCUCCAGUGGGAGCUGAGUGCGGACAUGGUUCCUCUCCACCACUUUCUGUGACAGGCUGUCUGCCUAAACUCAUACCAGUGCCGGAAUUGGGAGGACUAGCGCGUCGCCCCGGGUGCUCCAGCGCAUUCUCCGCGCCUUCUACCGCUUCUCAUCAUGAACAAGGUAAGCCGACCUGCACAUGCAGUUUAUGUGACAGAAUGCCAAGAACCUCGACUUACGGAUAUUAUCAGCCGGCAGGACCGCUGAUCAAAGAGACGAGCGCAGACGCAGAGCGCGCGCUCGCCAGAUAUCAUCCACAUUACCAUGCUCCACAUCCACCGGUACUACAGCAAUAUGGACCACCUUAUUACCCGGACCUUUGUUACGGCCGCUACUACCGGCCUCCGGGAUCCUACCAUAUGCCGCCACCACAGCCGGAUGCACAGAUGGUUGGCGUCGGUAGUGAACCGUACCCACCACCACCACAGUAUUAUGGUACGCCACCAUGUUACCAACAUUCACCACAAAGAAUACCAUACGUAGAAUAUCGCGGAUGCCCGUGCCCAUUAAACGCGUGUCCAAAAAACGUGCUUAUUGGGCCCGCUACUGGUAAAGCCCCAGCCGGUGGUGGCCCAGACGUACCUCCUGCGCUCGCGCCGCCCGGGGGCGCCUUCCGACCGAAGGUGCGGGCGUGCGCCAUCGACGCUGCCGCCGACACACAUGGCAGCGGAAAGGAUCCGCCAUUAGAGCUGGAACCACCAGCUGCGGCGGAUGCUCCACAUCCUUGUGCUAUGCCCGCCAUGGGUGGGGUCUCGCCUAAACGUGAGAUCUAUGACGUCCGGGAUAAGUUACGGAUCGCCAGCGACAUACCCGGGCCGGCCGAAGCUCUCGGACCUCCAUCUCCCGCGCGAGGCUCGGCCGGGGCGUGCGCGCCGCAGCCGCCCCCGGUGGCGCCGCGCCGCGCUCGCCUCGGCAAGGCCAUGGCGCGGCGCUCCCUCGCCGGCGACGACACCGGCCUGCUCCUCUCUACGCCGCAACCAGCUCUCCUAGCACACCACAGCGAUGCCGAUGAUGAUGUCCUCGCUAUUUCCCCUCCCACAUGUGCCCCUAUUGACUUAUCUUCUUCGGAUGAGCGGUCGACCCCCUUAGUCGAUGUAAAAAAAGAGAACGAAGGUCCAACGUAUAAUACUGCUAGAAAACCAGAAGCGCAGGCACUCAGAGAACAUAAUAGCACCACGGUUUUAGAUACCAACGCUGUUCCUGAUGCCGCUAAAGCAGUUAAGCGAAGAUAUUCGAAGCCUAAACUAGAGAUCGAUAUGAAGGAUACUCAACUUGAGGAAGCCUGCAAGACAAACGGAAUUGGUGAACAUGUUAAACUUCAGAAGCGGAGGAAAGUUUCAGGUGACCAAACUGAAAUUCCCCGGAUAGAAACUAUCACUAAGGAACCCAAGAGAAAAACCACUCAAACUAAAAGAACACCCAAGUCACCACCCGCAGAGAAGAAAUCUACAAAAAGGAAAUCAGAAAGCACUACCGGAGGUUCAAAACCAAAAAAAAUGCUUCUCGAUAAACCUGCUGACGAGGACGUCAGACUAAAAAAUGUUGCUGCAGUGGUAGAAGAAACCUUACCUACAAAACCAAAAAAUAAAAGUGCUCUACUUCUCGAUAAUCUUAUCCGCAAAAAUAGCAUCGACAGGCCUGAUGCGAAGGGUUUAGAUGCUGAGCUCAAUCCUGCUGAGCUUUUCCUCUCUCCUACUGAAAAUAUUGCACAAAGUUGUGCCAAGAAAACUUUGAAUAUCAACAACAAUAUUGUAGAGAAUGCAAACACCGUAAACGGAGUUCGAGCCAAUACAUUAGCUGCCGUUUCUCAAUUAAUAGGCAAGAAAAUGGCAUGUAAAGUAGAGAAAGUUGAUUCUAAAGUUACUAACGGAGUUAAAUCAGUAUUAAAAACACCCACCGUUAAACCAGGUCCAGAAGAAGACCGUAAACCCCUAAGCAAGUCUGACGAUGUUGAUGACAAACUCAUGCCAUGUACCAAAACUGAAUCGGAUGUUAUUAUACCACAAGUCGAUAAGGAAGUACCAGAAAUAAAAGACAAUAAAAAUAUGACUAAUGCUAUUGCGUUGGAUAUAACGAUACCUGCACAAAUCACUUCAAUCACCAUAGCUUCAAAGGAAAAAGAAGAUUUUGAACUAGACGUUGAGGAAAUGCCAAUUGAGGAAGAUCUCACGGAUAAACUUGAAGAAGACGAGGAGAAAAAGAUGUUAGAUAUUGAAAAAGAGAAGUUAAAUCCAGUGAAACUGGAUAGGACGACGGUGAAGCGGUGCAAGCUGACAAAUGGAGAACUGAAGGCUAAGAAUGUGGAGAAGGUGGUGAAGUUGUUGGUGUCAAAGAGGCCUGCGAUUAAGACGGAUGAAGCGACUUUGGUGGUGGAGGAGGCUUGUGCGUCGCCGGCGCCGACGGGGGCGGCGGUGAGACGGGCGCGGCGGCGCGGGGCGGGGCAGUCGCGACGCGGCCGCCGCCCGCUCGCGCCUCCCGCGCCGCCCGCACUCGAGCCACACGCACCCCCGCGCUGGAGCAACGGCUGGAACUGGGACGGAGAGCAUUACCUAUCCAAAGUCUACCUCAAUAACGACUCCCGAUUGGAUCGCACGGCGCGUUGCUGGUCACGCAUGACGCACGCGAGCGGCGACAGUGUGGCGCGAGGCGACUGCGUGCUGCUGCGAGCGUCGCAAGCGAGAGCUCAGCCUUACGUCGCCAGGGUCGCCAGUCUAUGGGAGAACCCUGAUGAUGGUGAAAUGAUGGUGUCCCUGGUGUGGUAUUACCGGCCGGAGCACACGGAACACGGCCGCCAGCCCACGGACGCGCCCGACGAAGUGUUCGCAUCACGGCACCGCGACGCCAACUCCGUCGCCUGCAUCGAGGACAAAUGUUAUGUGCUCACCUUCAACGAGUACUGCCGGUAUCGCAAACGGCUAAAAGCGGCUGAAGAAGGCGUACCUAUCGGGCCUUCGAUCGUCCCCCCCAUGCCGGCCAGCGAAGUGAGUCCGGCGGUGGCGCCCAACGACAGCCGCCUCCCGCCCUCCGUGUCGCCUGAGCUCGUACUCUUCUGCCGAAAGAUAUACGACUUCAGAUCCAAGAAAAUACACGUACCCAACAAAUGAACUCCCACGCGGUACCCUCUGGAUAUCGUUCGUAAGAUCUGUGUGGAUCUGUGCACCGGACAUGAGACGUCGACGCGCUACGGUAGCGCCAAAACAAAUUUUUAUAAUGCAUUUUACCUGAAGAAAGUGAAGCACCAAAGUAACGUCUCGAAGAUUAAACUAGCACGUCGGCGGCACGUCAUGAUGCUCGGUGUGUGACGGCGGAUGGACGCUCCCAGUCCUCUAAGGACUUGAUCAUUUAUCUAGUAUAUAGUAUCUCAUCGCAAACCUUUAAAUUAGUACAAAAACGCGUUCCCGGGUGCAAAUCGUAGAAUGUGUGACCUGUGGCCAUUUUAUGUGAAAAUAAACUACGUAAUCGUUGUGUUAGUAAUCGCCGAUCGGUCAGUUUUGUUGCUUGUGUCGUGAUUUGUCGUAGAAGUUUGUUUCGUAUUUAGAUUUACAGUGAUUUGCGAUUCAAAUAAUUUGGACGAAUAAUUAUUUGUAUCAAAGGAUGCCUUUUAUAAUGUGUAAGUAGUUGUAAGAAAAUCAUGUUUGAAGAAGAUGCAUAAUUAUGUAUAGCAAUAUAUUUUUCUUUUUGCUUGAAGUUAAGAUGAGCGAAUGUCCUAUUUAUUCUCACUCCUGCAAAAGUGAUGAGAAAGCUGAGUACUGAUUCGAUGGCUAUUCUGUAUAGCUGAUACGAUUUUGUAUGACUUUUAAGUUUUGAUUGGCUACUCGGAAAAUGAAAAGGCAUUUAUAAUUAUUACAAUUAUGUUUAAUUAUGUACCUAUUUGUUAUAUUGUUGCACAGACAUUAUCGAGUUAUAUUGUCUGUGUAUUGUUGUCAAGGUAGAGUCUAUAUUAAAUUAUUCUUUUAUUUUUUAAGAGCACAUAGAUGCGCGUGAGCAAUGUCAGAAUCGUCGCGAUUGGAUCUCUUCUGUAUAUUUGUUCGCGGUUUGGUACAUCACAGACAGGUGCAAUGGCGCCACAGCUAGCGAUACACGUAUCGUUUCAAACCAUACUAUUUAAGUUUCUAAAAUAUACGCGACUCUUGCAAAGAGUCACCAAUUUUAUAUUAAGUAGUUAUUGAUACAUCACAAAUUUUGCAAGUUUUAUAAUUUAAUGUAAUAGGAACGUAAUUUUAAUCGGAUAACGGGGUGAAGGUUGCCUCAGUUCAGUUCCGUAUUGUGUAGAGCCCGCCUACAAGUUGCAUCUCCGUACCCGUAGGCGUGUCCGCGUGUUUGUAUCCGCAGUAGAUUUUUAAACUUUUUAAUAAUAUCAAUUAAUGGAUAGAACGCAAAUAUAAUGAACGUUAACCCUGCCUUCAGAGGAAUUGAUUUUAAAUUUGCAUUUCGGCCUUUAACAUCCAAAGUAGGAAGUAAUUGUUUUAAGUAGGACCGGUCCAGAGUAGUUACAGGAAGACUGAUUUUGCAAAAAUGAGCAAGAGCAUGUUGCCUAUUUACUUUAUUUAAUUAGCAACAUUACCUUCAUGGAAAUUCAAUUAUUUUUUUUAUUAUUUCAUUUACACGUCAGCCAAUAUUUACAAUUUACGGAAAAUAACAAAUGGGAACAUUGUAACAUAUUUUAAAUGUAAUAUUAGAGCAUAGAUGUAAACAAAAAAACACUUUGGUGUUAAAGAGAUAUAUUGUAAGACUAUAAUAGUGAAAUCUCUUUAUCAUUAGAAACAUAAUUUUAAGUAGUGCGAUCGAAAUAAAGAAUUAUAUUUAACGUUAUAUUUCCCGUGUGGAAAAUUAAAAAAGGGCAUUUAUACGUUUCAAUUUGAUUACCUAUUACGUCACUUCCUGCCUUCACUAUUUCCUACAAUGUAUCUCUGUAUUGUGUUGACUAUUAUUUUUGUAAAUACUAUAAUUUUGUUUUAGAACUUGCUAUUAUUUGUUAUCUAUCUAGUGAGAUUUGUAAACGCUAACUGUAUUGAUAAUUCCAAAUAAAUGGAGGUAAUAUUCUCUACGAUUCAUGUGAAAUGUGCAUUCCGUUUAACGAUAGAUAAAUAUAAAUUUUAGAGUCAUACAAUAUCAUUGUCUACCAAACAGGCAUCACUACAGUAUUUUUCGUUUCCUUUCCUAAGCUGUACCUUAUUUACAUUUGGUAAAUUAUAGUACAGGUCUACCUGAAUAUACAUAUACCUUUAGGUAUAACCACGAUGGUAUUGACUAACCGAAACUUAUGUCUUCUAAAACUAAUUUUAAGGCAUUUUGUUCCUACAGCAUAAACUAUGUUAUUUUAUUCUCAUAAGUUAUGUAUGGCACAAUCUCACUGGUUGUCUAUUCCAAAGCUUAAGUUUUCUAUGUUCUUUUUUCUUUAUCAUUGCUUGAUGCCAAAAAUUUUGCUGCGAAAAAUCUAUUAUUCAGUAAUGAUGUAAUACCAAUCUCCUUCUAUUUAGGUUAAAGGAUGACGGGGGAGUCGGCGCCUGAUUGUUUCCAGCUAAUAUUUAUAGUCCAUACCUAGUAUCUAGGUCCAAUGAGAACUCCAGUUUUAAUUAAAACUAAUGAAUCCCUUAGCAUGCUUACAACUGUAUUUAUCGUAGUCUGUGUAGGUGAUAGUUCUAGAGCACAAAGUACCCACAAAUGGACGCUCUUUACAAUUACUCAUGUGCUGAUUCUCCCGACAUCAAUACUCAUUAUUAAUUAAUCAUAGAAUUAAUGAGUAAAUUCCAUAAUAAUACUAUUAUUACUAUAAGUGAGCUCUCCCUUGCUUGUAGGAGGAUUGUUUUAAAUGUUACCUGGACAAAGUGCGAUUGCAACCUUCUAUAGUCAAUGAUUUUAGUGUUAGCUCUACUAAUAAGGAAGAAUACCUUGUUUUUAUUAUUUAUUUUGUUUCAAUGAAAAUUAUAUAGGUAUAUUUUAUUAUCGUAAACUAAAUAGUUAUGUUGGCUGUAAUUUAAUAUUGAUGUAAUUAAUAUAUGUAUUUUUAUUUCAA